AUGCAACGAACAAAACGGUUCAACUACGCUCUUCCAGCAAUGACCUCCCGCUACUACCUCACCAGGGUGCUUCCCACGGGAUUCUUCAUGGCCCUCACCUUCCAGACCGGCAACAUGGGCUACCUCUACCUCACGGUUGCCUUCGUUCAAAUGCUCAAGGCGUCGUACUUGGAAUGGCCGAAGCUCCUGCGGCAGCAGCACUACCUUGUCGUACCACUGCACCCGUACAGCUUCGCAGCAGCUGCCUGCUGCGGCUUCCUCGUCAACCUGUUGGCCAUCGUCGUCAUCAAACUGGCUUCGUCGUUGACUCUGAAGGUCCUCGGUACGGUCAAGGACGCGGCCCUGGUCAGCAUCGGCAUCUUGUUCCUCCGUGAACGGGUAACCGCACUGCAGCUUGUGGGGUAUACCGUUAGUAUGGUUGGGUUUGUGUCGUACAACAUGAUUAAAGCAGCCCAGCAGCAGCACGCCUCGCAGCCGAAGGGCGAAGGGGCGCUCGGCGGGCUGGGCGUCGGCAGCGGCGGAAACGGAAGUGGUGCCGUACGGUCGUUGUUGCCGUACUACACUAUCAACGCAAAUGCUGCCAGCAGCAAGGUGCGAUGA